GGUAACCUGAUCGAUCUGGGAGGAGUGACUUUACCAGGGAAGGCUUGAACAAAAAAAUGUCUUCUUCUUCUGCCGGAGAAGUCACAACAGCAAAUGACAUCAAGAGGGAAAAUGUGAAGGAGGUGGAUAAGCGGGAGUGCAUCAAGCUUGUGGCGCUGGACGCGGCGGAGUUGUCCAUGGAGCGCAACACGGACGCGGUGCGCACGGAGCUGUUGGUGAGCGCCGCUUCCUCUCUGGCUUUCUCCCCGGAGCAAGUGGCGUGUGUCUGCGAGGCUUUGCAGCAGGGAGGCAAUGUGGACCGGCUGGCCAGGUUCCUGUGGUCUCUUCCACAGAGUGACCUGCUACGCGGCAACGAAAGCAUCCUGAAAGCCCAAGCCCUCGUUGCUUACCACCAGGCUCGGUAUCAGGAGUUGUACAGUAUUUUGGAGAACCACAGUUUCAGUCCGUCCAACCACACCUUUCUGCAAGAUCUAUGGUACAAGGCCCGGUACACCGAGGCGGAGAAGGCGAGGGGGAGACCCUUGGGCGCCGUGGACAAGUAUCGGAUCCGGAGAAAGUACCCUCUCCCCAGGACUAUCUGGGACGGCGAGGAGACUGUGUAUUGUUUCAAGGAGAGGUCCCGAAACGCGCUGAAGGAUCUGUAUAACCAGAAUAGGUACCCCUCUCCUGCCGAGAAAAGAAAUCUCGCCAAGAUUACAGGACUCUCCUUGACCCAGGUCAGCAACUGGUUCAAAAACAGGAGACAGAGAGACAGAAACCCGUCCGAGGCACAAUCAAAAAGUGAAUCUGAUGGAAACCACAGCACAGAGGAUGAGUCGAGCAAAGGCAACGAGGAGCUGUCUCCCCGACCCCUCUCUAACUCCUCAGAUGGGGUAAUCCCCCAUGGGACCCUUCCAAUUCAAACAGGGCCUCUGGACAGUGGGGUGGUCAUCCAACAGAUCGGGGACAUCAAACUGCCCCCUGGAUCCAGCAGUGGCAGUCUCUACAACGGAAGCCUAGUAACCAGUAACCCCUCCUCCACUGUUUUUCACAAUGGUGGCUCAUCUUACCUUCACACACCUGGAAACAUCCUCUUCAACGGGCUCAAUUUAGGCAUCCAGCCCUUGGCCUUCAACCCUCUGAGGCCGUCUGGAGGGGUGCUGCUGGGGGGCUCUGGUAUGGACAUGCAGAUGCAGACAGGACAUGAGAAGGGACUGGGCAAUUCUGCAGAGGACUCUGCCCUCCAGUAUGCCUCCUACUCGGGUUGUGUGAAUGGAGCAGAGGUGAAGUUGGAGGGGGUUCACACCAUGGCUGCCCAGAAUGGAGGCUCCUCUGUGCUCACAUUCAGCUCCUCGUCAGGUGCGCUGCAGCUGGGUGGCUACAGUCUAGUCCAGGUACCAAGUGGGGUCUCUGACAGCGAUGGGAGCUCAUUACUCAACAGCAACGUAGGUCUUCCUCCACUGCAGCUUCCUUCCCGCUCACAACAAGGUACUAUGCCUCUGAACAAUGUAGCAGUGAGUUCCUCCAGUGACAACUCGUUCCAGCAGCAGGACAAGCUGACCAUGACGUCCCUGCACCACAGCACAGUCCUCUACAGCAUGAGCAACACCGGCCAGCAGGCCAUCAAGAAGGAGCCCCUGGAGGGAGGCGUGUACUCCUCGUACCACCACGGGCUCCACCUGGACCCCAGCGGUCAGCUCAGCUACAACACCCCCAACUCAGAAGAGGUUCCUUCCAGCCAGGGUACGGCCAUGACCACCGAGGUCUCUGCUGUCAGCUCGUCUAGCCCUGAGCCAGAGGUCUACACCACCCUCACUGUCAGCACGCCCCUGUUGGCUCAAACGGACACCGGCAGCCUCCGCCUCCAGCCCACAGAGUAUCUCAGGAGCCACGAAGUCCGGGGCCCCUCCUCGCAUCUGAUGGGCCCCUGCAUGAACAACAGCUACAUGAACCUUGUAGAGAACAAGGUGGACGGCACGGGCUCAGGAGGCGUGAGUGAGAUGGUGCGGGCAAUGUGUGGGGAGAUGGAGGCUGUGGAGGGGAAGGAGCUAGCCAAACUACAGACAGUGCAGAUGGAGGAGGACAUGGCUGACCUUUAACCUCUCUCCUCUCGCAGAAGCACUCAUGUCCCCUCAAGCAGUGAUAUGGUGAAUCUUUUUACUUUUGUGUGCGUGUGUGUGUGUGUUUUUUACUUUUCAUUUCCUCUAAAUGUUAAAUUAUUUGUGUUCAUUUGACUUUUACAAUGCACUCUAUUGUCAGAGGGGAGCCCUGAGGGUGGGCAUUAUCAGUUUAUGAUAAAAAAUAAAAGUCUAUAACAUGUUUUAAAAGCCCCGUUCAUAAGAUGAAACAUAACAACUGUUACAUGCAAACAGAAGAAGUCCCUGUAUGUGUUCGAGCCAUGUUUAAAUGUGCAUUUUUAUAGACAACACCUGCUACUUCCCGUUGAGUGGAUUUGAUCUGUAGGAGCAGGUGCCAGAAUGCCUUGAGUCAUGUGACCAGGAUGUUCCUCCAAACUAAAUGCGUCAUCUGGGUCAAACCAAAAAGGUCAUUCAGUAGGGGAAGAGGGAGAGAGCCUCUGUGAAAACAGUCAGAUAAACAGCAACAGCUUCACAAAAGGACUGCACACACAUACAGAGAAUAGGUUAUUAAACAAACAAAGCUGCUGAUUUAGGAAAAAGUGUCCUUCAGUAAUCAAUUUAAAUUUCCUGAAUGUCUCUCAAGUCAAUGCAAAACCCUAUUAUUGUGCUUUAAAUCAAACCAAAUGAACUCAGAGUGUUGGACGAGCGUUAAGACAAAUGUGCCUUUCUGCUUCUUAAAAUACACAAUGGCAUUGAUCUGUUUUGGCAUUUGCACUACCACGAUGACAUUACAAUGUAACAUGUUUCAAACAGCCUUCAUGUUGGAGGGUUUGUCAUGCCUGACACACCUCAACAUAUGCACACUUUUUCAGAAAUGACUCAAAUUUCAAGCCUCAUCGUUGACCUGUGAGACCAAGAUAUGAAUGAAGAUCUGAAGGUCACAUUGUCGGUUCACAUGUUCGUUGAAUGUUGUUUAUAAUGUUGCAACUCAUAGUAUGUUAACUAGAUGUGAUGAUGCUAUACUAUAUCCUGUUUCAUUUUGAUGUGUCUAUCCAAAUGUCAGUAAACAAUGAUAUUUUUCUAUAAAGGGAUUGUAAUAGUCUCUUUUUGCAUGGCGUCAUAAUGUUUUGGACACUAGUGCCUUUUAGUUUUGGUGAAUAACACAGAAAGUGAGCUCAGUCGUAGCUCCUGGUUGGCGUGCAGGCUGUGACAUUGCAGCUUCAGAGAUUUACCACUGUUGCCGUCACUGGCACAUUUGUUGGGUGUCAGUUGAGAGAAACACAAGGGAAUGUGGAGCCCAUUUGUCAAGUGUGUCCAGUGCUUUUCAGGAGCCUAAUUCCUGGCUGUCAUACAUGACCAUAAUAGCACAUUUCAGCCUCACACCAUGUGCAUCUAUCUGUGCAUCGCAUGUCUUCAUACAAGUGGACUAGUAAUACUUUUCUUUGGAUGUAUGACAUAAUCCCAUCAAUUGGAAUGAACAUUUCAAUGAAAGUAUCCUCAGUGCUUUAAUGUCAUAUCAAAAAUGAGUCGUGGGCAAAUAGGUAAAUUGAUGGUCAUUU